UUUCGGAGUACGUGAUUGACAGAAUAAUCCAUGGUUAUUGUUGACAAUACUUUCAACAAUAUUUUAUGAAAAAUUUAAAUAAUAUUGUGCGAAACAUUUUCACUUAUUUCUUGGAAGGCAAUGGAGUAUAUUUUAUCAAACUCCAUUUUAGUAAAAAUAUUUUGUGAUUUAAUUCAGUAUGGAUCAUACGUGAUAAGAAUGGAGUGUAUUUGUUGUUACUUUCUGACAAUGUAUUUCCCAAAUUUUUUACUCAAGAUUCCGUGGUCAUCUUUAAUUCACUUGAAUACUUUUAGUGCUAAAACCAUGCAAAAAGCAGAUAAAAUAAGAGCUCUGUUAAAAAGCUAGUAUACAGCUUGAAAUAUUUAUCAAGCUGAAUAGAUGAGCAGGCGUAUGACACCGGUAUAGAUACGAUCGAUUCGCGCCGCCACGUUUCGCAUAUAUAUAUAUAUAUGUGUUUGAACGUGUACUUGGCGCGAGACACGACCUUAUAUCUGGAUCUUCCAAAGCUUUAAUGAACUUAUUUGAACAUUAGUCAAGUAAAUGUGCAGUUGUAUCUUUUUUAUUCAUGAGUUAUUAAAUUUUCGACAUAAGACAUUUACAUUUAAUAUAAUGAAUACUACGAGUGUAUUUCUGUGCCGAUUUAACUUAAGAAUGAAAAUAUCCAAUUUGAUUAUUUAUAAAAAUAAUUAUUUCGUUUUAUUUAUUUGUAUGAAUAUACUCAGCAGCAAAUUUUAAUAAUGCCAGCGGUAUCAGCAGUACCUGUCACUUUAGCAGUUCGUGUAUUGAAAAAAUACAUAACACACUUUACUACAGACAAAUUACCACAGCAUUCCUCAUCUGUAUGGAAAAGCAUUGCCAAUGACAUCGAAAUCCAAGGAUUGUGGACUGUUGAUGCUGUACGAAUUAAUGUACGACAAGAUCGAAGAAAAAUUUCAACUCUCGCUCGAGAAGAAUGCGGAAUUUUCAUCCAUAAUAAAGAAGGAAUUUCUCAUAAGCUGAAUGAUUCAACUCAUGAUCAUGAUGACGUUGACACCACGUAUGAUUUAGAUGAUAAUGAAAAGGAUGAAGAUGGUGAUAUCAACGAUUUUGAUUCUAACGAGUGUGACGAUGAUGAUGAGCGUGAAAAUUUCGAUGUAUUAAUCACAAGAGAGCAAUGGAAUGAAAUGAAACGUGAUGAACCACUUAUUUGUAAUGGACGGAGAUAUCCUGGAUUUAAACCUGGUGUAUGGACCAAUAUUGUUUCAUUUGCUUUUUGGGAGCAGUAUCGCCUCAAAUGUGCGUUUGUUUUUAAACGGGGUAAAAUCCAUGAAAGUGGCAGUAAUUAUGCAGUCAUGACUGGACGUUGUAGAGAUCGCACUUGUCGAAAUCCUCUUUUCGGAAUAAUUAAAAAUCCUCCUGGAGAUGAAGGUCCUGUCUUCAUAACCAUGAAGUGUCGAGAUACAAGAUUUUCAAAGCACGCUGAUGUCAAACGUCCUCUUAAUGGUAAGAAACGGAAUGGUGUUCAAGAAAGAUUACUGCGCACAGGUGUAUUGGCUUGACGAAAAGAAGAAGCCGAAAAAAUUUUGAAACCAGGAGAUACCGGAUCACCGUUUUUAUAUGAUUCGAGUACUCUACAUCAAGCCAAAAAAGAAGCUUCGGACAAAGAACUUGGGAUAAAACCUGAUGAUCGAAGAGAUGUUAUAUUAACUAUACGCAAGAUGAACGAAGAUCCAUGCUUUGCGAAUUCUAUUUUAGCAAUUGGUGAUACCCCAUUCUACUUAUUUUAUGCAACUCCAACUCAGUUCCACACUUAUGCAGAAUAUCUGCGCAUUUACCGGAAAUAUUCAUCAAUAUGCAUAGAUGCGACUGGUGGUUUAGUGAAAAAAUUGACUGACUCUCGAGAUAAAAAAACUGGUUAUAUAUUUUUGUAUCAAGUCGUGAUUAACUUUAAAGGCACUUCCAUCUCAGUUUAUCAGAUGUUAUCAGAAACCCAUGAUGCCAAGUUUAUUUCUUUUUGGCUUUCAAGGUGGGUCCAGAAAGUUAAUCCACCACGCGAAGCAGUCUCUGAUGGAUCUAAAGCACUUCUAAAUGCAAUGUCAGAUUCAUUCAAUGGUAAAUCUCUGAAGGAAUAUAUUAAUUUCUGUUUUGAAAAUCUGAUAGGUAAUACAAAUUUAGAACCGCGCACUUUCAUACGCUUGGACACAGCACACUUUAUUCAUUCUGUCAGCAGAUGGGAAUGUUUUCAAUCAGUGCUUCAUAAAAUUGUAAAAUCUUUUUAUCUCUAUUGUACAGCACUUAUGAUUGAUUGUAAACGAUUAUCUCAACUGGAAGGAAUUUUUAUCUUGACAUUAAUCGUAUCUGGUACUGAGUUUGAAGAUUCAAUUAUUUCUGUGUCUGAUGACUGUAUAAUUACUCCAGUAGAAGCUAGAAAUCAAUUAGAAAAGUUCAUUUCAAUUUGUAAUCCUGACUUGACAGUUAUUGAUUCUAUUGAAAUUGACACAGAAAAAACUAUGAUUUUCGAUCAAUCAUCGUGUGGUGUCGAUAAGAAUGGAUGGUCUUUAGCUCUCUUAGUAUGGAUUGAUAAUCUCUGUAAAAAAGCUAAUACUAUAAUCUUCACUGGAAGCAAGCUUAACAGUUUUUAUAUGCCUAAACUAUAUGUUAGACUUGUUGAAAUAAUCAAAGAGUUUCCACUUUGGACAAAUGUGUGCACACCUGAUACGAUGCCACGAGCAACGUCUAGUUAUAUAGAGGCUGAUUUCAAAGAUUUAAAAAUGAAUUUGAAAAAAAAAGUAAAAUUACCUACAACAGAAAUCAAAUUUCUGAAAUUACAUAUUGUUGAUCUUUUAGGUGGUGUAAAUAUAUUUCGUUCAAAAUUGACAAAGUUCGUGGUCGAUAAUUGUUCUGAAGAAGAAUUAAACAAACCAAAAGAUGAAAAUUUGUUUGAAAAUUGGAAGGGGUUGGGAAAGGAUGGAAAUUCAAACGAUUACGACUGGAUAGAUGAUUACGUGAACUCAUCAAUGGAUAAAGAUGAUCAAAGUGAUUCUGUAAGCCCGUUGAAAGACAAAGAUGGCUUAAAUUAUUCUGUAAAUCUCUCAGAGAGUCAUAUUGAUCACAAUUAUAGUGCAAACUAUUUGGAGGAAAAAAAUGAUGCAAACAAAAUUAUUAAUAUUAGUUCCACUAUAACAAAAAAUUAUAACAGUCUAACUGCAAUAUCAUCAAGGAAUCGUCACGAUGAAGAUAUUAUCGCUGCCGCUCAUACUGGAGAUGAUAAUAAUACUUUAAUUACAUUAUUAUCAAAGGAUCUUCAUGAUCAAGAUAGUAUUAUUACCUCCGAUGCUGCUAAAGACGUUAAUAAUAAUUUGAAUAUGUUAUUAUCAAAGAAUCAUCAUGAACAAGACAUUAGUAUUGCUACCACUGAUGCUGGGGAUCCUAAUGAUGGUUUAAAUAUAUUAUUAUCAAAAAGUUAUCACCAUCGAAAUGAUGUUAUUAAAUUGAGAAAUCCUAAUAAUUUAUCAAAAGUGAUUGAGAAUGACAAUAAAAAAAAUACUCCGGAAUUAUUAACUAUGAAACAACAUAGCGGGUCUUUAUCAGCAGCUGUUGAAGCUAUGGUUCAACAAAAAUCCAUUAAUAAAGAAGUUGGUCUAUAUUUUCAAAAUUUCCCUGAAAUUAAACUACGAAAUAAUUUAGUGGACGUGAAAAAAACUAAAAUUUUCUUACUAGGUAAUGGUAACAAGAGUGGUCCAGUUGUAUUUAAUGGAAAAAAAUGGACAGCACUUAAUACUUGUCCUUUUGACACAAUAAUUCAAUUAAUAUUUGUUGGCGCGUUAGAUAGUACACGUUUUCAUAAAUAUAUCACAAAUUUAGAUAUUCCUGUAUUUAAAUUUUUGAAUGACUUUAUGAAAAAAGGACCAACAAAAGAAAUUUAUCAACAACGCAUGUCUAUUUUACAUCCUAUUUAUAAUGUUUCUAUUGUAGAUAAAAAACAAUUAGAAGAAAAAGACAUGAUGAAAAUUAAUGUUUCUCCCACUAUUAAUUGUUAUGAUAAUAUCAGCAAGUUGUGGCAAACUUUACUUAAAAAUGCGCCAAGCGUCAUCGAAACUUCAUUUUGUUCAAAUUCUUCGUGUCAAGUACACACUCAAGCUUUGCCAGUUCUUACUGUCAAUCAUAAAACGAUUGAUCGUUGUGGAUUUAUUGCUCUCGAAAAAGCUUUAAGUUUCUACAAUAAAAUCUUUAAUGUUCAGUGUCGGUUUUGUAACAAAGCAAAAGCAACCCGUGUUACUGUUCCUAAAGAGUAUUUAUUUUUAGAAUUAGAUAUACGUGGCAAUAUCAAUGCAUCAAGUGGCAAAAGAUGUAAAUUAAGUCAAUUUCCUAUUCAUUUAAACUUAAAAAUAACAGAUAAUAGGUCUGAAACUACUCUAAGUUACCGAUUAUCUGGAGUAGCAGCGUAUCGAACUGGUCAUUAUUUUGCUUACUGUCGACGAUUGUCGGGCAGUUGGCAAAUUUACAAUAAUUCUUCAGCUAAACCAGAAUCUGCAGCUCUCAGUACUGAAGUUGAACCCCACGGAGUUUAUUAUAUUUUAGAAUAAUACAGCAAUAAUGAAAAUACUAUUAAAUUUACGUCUUGUGAAAUUAUUAUGUUAAUUUUAUUUUAAUGUUACAUUUCUUAUAAAUAAUUAUAUAUGAAGAAAUCAAAAAUAUAAUAUUGAAUACAGAAUAAUAAAUGUUAUUUCAUAUCAUUUUAUAUCAAUAAUAAAUAAAUAAAUUAUUUAUAGUAUAAGCAAACUUCGAAUGAAAAUUCAUUUCACGGACAUGUAGCUAUAACAUGUACAUAAAGCUGGAAAUAAUGUAAAUUUUUUAUUUCAAUUAAAAUAUUUAUAAAGACUAUUUACUGAGAUAUGUACAAUGCUACGAUAAAUAUUCUAUUAAUGUUUUACUCUUUUUAAUUAAUAAUUAUUCAUUUUUAUACUAUUGACGAACGCUCAAGAAUUAUUUAUUGCAUUGACUACAAAUAUGAUGCCAAUUCAAUAUUUAUUUACAUGAUCCUGAAGUUUGGAGACAAUUAACAAU